CGGGGCGGGUCCGGCAGAGCCGAGCCGAGCCGAGCCAGCGAGCCACGUCCCCGCAGCCAUGGCGCGGCCCCUGAGCGACCAGGAGAAGCGCAAGCAGAUCAGCAUCCGUGGCAUCGUGGGUGUGGAGAACGUGGCAGAGCUGAAGAAGGGCUUCAACCGGCACCUGCACUUCACGCUGGUCAAGGACCGCAAUGUGGCCACGCCGCGCGACUACUACUUCGCCCUGGCGCACACGGUGCGCGACCACCUGGUGGGGCGCUGGAUCCGCACGCAGCAGUACUACUACGAGAAGGACCCCAAGAGAGUCUACUACCUCUCGCUAGAAUUUUACAUGGGCCGGACCCUGCAAAACACCAUGAUCAAUCUCGGAUUGCAGAAUGCCUGCGACGAGGCCAUUUAUCAGCUGGGGCUGGACAUAGAGGAGCUGGAGGAAAUCGAAGAGGACGCUGGCCUGGGCAAUGGAGGUCUCGGAAGACUGGCUGCCUGCUUCCUGGACUCCAUGGCGACACUGGGGCUGGCAGCGUAUGGGUAUGGCAUACGCUACGAAUACGGGAUCUUCAACCAGAAGAUCCGGGAUGGAUGGCAGGUGGAAGAAGCAGACGACUGGCUCCGGCAUGGCAACCCCUGGGAGAAAGCCCGUCCCGAGUACAUGCUGCCCGUCCACUUCUAUGGGAAAGUGGAGCACACGAAGAGUGGAGCGAAGUGGGUCGAUACACAGGUGGUCCUCGCCUUGCCCUAUGACACCCCAGUGCCUGGAUACAUGAACAACACAGUCAACACCAUGCGGCUGUGGUCUGCUCGGGCCCCCAAUGACUUCAACCUCCGGGACUUUAAUGUUGGAGACUACAUUCAGGCCGUCUUGGACAGAAACGUGGCUGAGAACAUCUCGCGUGUCCUGUACCCGAAUGACAACUUUUUCGAAGGCAAAGAGCUGCGGCUCAAGCAGGAGUACUUUGUUGUGGCUGCAACCCUCCAGGAUAUCAUCCGACGCUUCAAAGCAUCCAAAUUCGGAAGCACCGAAAGCGUCCGGACUGUGUUCGAUUCUUUCCCGGAUCAGGUAGCAAUACAGCUGAAUGACACUCAUCCUGCCAUGGCUAUUCCUGAGCUGAUGAGGAUUUUUGUGGACAUCGAAAAGCUGCCAUGGAGCAAGGCCUGGGAGAUCACGAAGCAGACAUUUGCCUACACCAACCACACGGUGCUGCCCGAGGCGCUGGAGCGCUGGCCGGUCGACCUGAUGGAGAAGCUCCUGCCAAGGCACCUCCAGAUCAUUUACGAAAUCAACCAGCGACACUUGGACAGGGUCUCGGCGCUGUUCCCCAAGGACGUCGACCGCCUGAGGAGAAUGUCCCUGAUCGAGGAAGGGGGGGUCAAGAGGAUCAACAUGGCACACCUCUGCAUUGUGGGCUCCCACGCUGUCAACGGCGUCGCCAAGAUCCACUCGGACAUCGUGAGGACACAAGUGUUCAAGGACUUUGCGGAGCUGGAACCCGGGAAGUUUCAGAACAAGACCAACGGAAUCACCCCCCGGCGCUGGCUCUUGCUGUGCAACCCCGGGCUAGCGGAGCUGAUAGCCGAGAAAAUAGGGGAGGACUAUGUGAAGGACCUGAGCCAGCUGACCAAGCUGCACAAGUUCGUGAAUGACGACAUCUUCAUUCGGGAGGUGUCCAAAGUGAAACAGGAGAACAAAGUGAAGUUCGCCCAGUUCCUGGAGCAGGAGUACAAGGUCAAGAUCAACCCGUCCUCCAUGUUCGACGUGCAUGUGAAGAGGAUCCACGAGUACAAGCGGCAGCUGAUGAACUGCUUGCACAUCAUCACCAUGUACAACCGCAUAAGGAGGGACCCAGCGAAGCUGUUUAUGCCCAGAACAGUCAUCAUCGGAGGCAAAGCGGCUCCAGGGUAUCACAUGGCUAAAACAAUCAUCAAGCUCAUCACGUCUGUGGCCCAUGUGGUGAACAAUGACCCCGUGGUGGGCAGCAAGCUGAAGGUCAUCUACCUGGAGAACUACCGGGUGUCGCUGGCAGAGAAAGUGAUUCCAGCCACCGACUUGUCCGAGCAGAUUUCCACCGCCGGGACGGAAGCGUCGGGCACAGGGAACAUGAAGUUCAUGCUCAACGGCGCGCUCACCAUUGGCACCAUGGAUGGGGCGAAUGUGGAGAUGGCAGAGGAGGCCGGGGAAGAAAACCUGUUCAUCUUCGGCAUGAGGGUGGAGGACGUGGCAGAGCUGGACAAGAAGGGGUACAAUGCUCAGGAUUAUUACGACAAGCUUCCCGAAUUGAAGCAGGUCAUCGACCAGAUCAAGGGGGGCUUCUUCUCCCCGAAGCAGCCAGACCUGUUCAAGGAUGUUGUCAACAUGCUGUUCCACCAUGACCGGUUUAAAGUCUUUGCAGACUACGAGGCAUAUGUCAAAUGCCAGGACAAAGUCAGCGAGUUGUAUAUGAACUCCAAGGAGUGGACCAAAAUGGUCAUCAGGAACAUCGCAUCCUCAGGGAAGUUCUCCAGUGACAGGACCAUCAAGGAAUACGCCAGGGACAUCUGGAACGUGGAGCCUUCUGAUCUGAAGAUCCCUCCACCCAAUGUACCGAGGGAUGUGGGUGAAGACAAGACCUCCAAUGACACGACAGCCAGCUCCAAGGCUGAAAAGCAGAAGCUGUAGGCAAGAGCUGUGCUGCCGGCUGCCUCUAGCAGGAAUGCAUUGUAAACACUGUAAGAAGUUCCUGUAGCUAUUUAGCAAAUGGCUUACUGUUGGCUUUUCCCAGGAGGAGAAUUUGUGUAGAGUGUUAUGCAGAGACCCGAAAGCUGCCGCUUGCAGUAGGUGCUGGAAUAAAAGUGCCAAUCAAAGUAUCCAAGGAACUCGGGGUAGCUCUGCUGUUUAACCAGGCUGUAGCCAAAACGUGGUGUUAACAACCAAGGGCACUUCAUGCUGUAGCAUGUGGUCCUGCACCUCUCCUUCAGCUGGCUGGGAAACAGCACUUCCUUGUCAGAGCCAGGGAGCAGCUUAGGGCCGCUGCUGGAGUAGUGUGUCCCAUUCACCAUCACUCCUUACUUAGUCUCCUGGCCAGCCCCAAGGCUGGAAGCAAAUAAGCAGGCAGCUGUAACAUUUGGCAUGGUAAAGAACUCUAGCUUCUAUCCGAGCACGACAAGGUGCUACAUGAAGCCUAACAUGACAAUAGAUAGGAGGCUCUAAAAAAGUCUGCUUGGGUGGCCUGUCCUGCAAAAACCAUGUAACUGUCCCUGUAAGACCUUUCUUCUUCCCUGCCCUUCACUAAUUGCCUCUGUCUUGGAAGCAAUAAAACAAGCUUGAGAUGCAUCGCUAUAAAGCAAUAAAGUGUAGAACGUGCAAAA